AUGCAAAUCAAAUACCUUGGCCUUGGUUUAAUCGCUGCUGUCGCUGCCUCUGUUCUGGCUGAUCCUACUGUGAAUGAUGUCCGAGUUGCUGGUUCUGGUGACGCGGUCAUUAAACAUGAACGUCGUGAUCUUCGAAUUGCCAAGAUAUAUGCUAAUGCUAUUCGUCGUCGUUAUGCUCGUCGUUCAGAAGCUGAUGAGGAAGAGGAAGAUGAAGAGGAAGAAGAAGAAGACGAGCCUGAUGAAGAUGAAGUCGACGAAUCUGAAUCUCAAUCCUUAUCGCGCCGCCAGGAAGAACCAGAUGAAGAAGAAGCCGAGGAAGAUGAAGCUGAUGAAGACGAUAACCCCAAAAAAGCAAGUGCUAAUGUUGCAGCACCAAGGUUUGCUCGCAGACAAAAAGAAGAUAUUCAAAUAGAAGAUGAAAGCACUGAACACGCUGCUACUCCAGACAAUGGUGAUGUUCAUGUUGAUAUUUAAUCGCCAAGAUGAACUUAUAAAUAAAGUCAUGUUAAUGCAGUCUUUACUGUUUUCUUGUUUCAAUAAAUAAUAAAUGGCUCUGUUUAGCAAACAGGUUAACGUUGUAGACAUUAUUCUUGAGGAUGUCUCUUUGUAUUCUAUCAAUCUA